UCGCAUUAUUUCUAUCAGUUUGUUUGUAACGUCGAAGAUAUGUACGCGCGUGUUUUGAAAUUCGUCGCCCUUUUUACACACAUUUUAACAUCAACGUGUGUUAGAAUGACAACAUAUAACGGACCGGAUAUCAAAAGUAAAUUUAAACUAGAACUCAAACCAUUACACAUACCUACAGGCCUAGGCGACAUCAUUAUUUUAUCAGGGCCCAUCAUAAAUAGUGAAACACUUUAUUUCCUUAGCAAACCAAAUAGUGACACUAUGAAACUCAAAUUAAACAUAAGCCGUGACAUGUUUGACUACAAAAAGUCAUCAAUUAAUGACGAUUAUAAUGACAUAAUCAUUCAAUAUAUUCAAGGAAAAAUUAAGGCUAUAAUAACUCCCAUAAAUAAGUACAAAAUAUUCAAUCUUAAUUAUGGAAAAAACUGCCAAGAUUCAACAGACAUAUUCAGAGAAAAAGAGAAGAGUUUAUUAGCGAAUGACUUUAUGUUGGGACCUCUCGGUGAGGAGGAUAACGGAAAUUGGAUACUAAGUGCCUAUUAUAAAGGAAAUGAUGGAGACUGGAUUGAAGUGUUCCAAGUUAUUACGGUGGAAAUAACAGAAUCCAUACCGACGUUUCCAACGAAACCUAAAUUAGAUGAAGGUAAUGAUUUGGAACUGCGUUUUGCUUAUCCUGUAAGAAAUCUUCAAAGCUGUCAAAUUACCGCCCCAAGGUCUACGUUUGACAGAUUUUACGACAGAGAUAGAAAUAACUUAGAUUCCUGUGGCUUCACAAUACCGAAUGUAACGAAGGACGACGAAGGUCUAUGGCGAAUAAUUGGUGUGGGGAAUAUAGUGUACGAAGCUAAUGUGUUUUUAGAGAUAAAUAAAAAAUCCUGA